AUGUUGGCCAUCGGCAACACGCAGGCAAACAGCCUUGCCCAAAGAUCAGCUGCAACUGAAAGCGCUUUUCAGUAUCACCUCAGGGCGAGGAGGGACGUGCAGUUUGGGCCGGUACCAGUUGCCGAAAGCAACACCGGCGUCAUCGUUGUGCAUCAGUACAUUGGGCUUCCUCCACACAUUGGGCAGGAGAUUGUCCGGCAUGACGACUACAUCCGCAGCCAAGACUGGACGAAGUUGCACAUGCCGCGAUCUCGGGACGAGAUGAUGCAGCAGUUUCAGGCAGACCUCCAGCCGACAGGCGAGGGCAUGUUCCAUGGCGUACAUGGAAAACAGCAGGCAGCGAGGUCGUACGGUGAUUCAGCCGCGGCUAGCUCCUUCAAGAUGCCGAGGUGGGGGCAUCUGAGCGACAGAGCGAGGCUAAGUCGGACCGGCAACAUGGUCGCUCACGUUCUAUCGUGUGAGCCUUACGAUUACGGUCGUAUUCCCGUCAGCGGAGCGUUUAGUGGAGUGUUCGGUGCUGUUGUUCCCACUUUUACUGCGUGCUGCUGCUGCUGCUGCUGCUGCUGCUGCUGCUGCUGCUGCUGCUGCUGCUGCUGCUGCUGUGUUUCCCGCGCAGAAGAAGGUAGUUGCAUUGCAGGUAAAGAAGCAGAUACUGCGCACCUGUUUUAG